ACAUAGAACAUUAUUAAAAAAAACAAAUGAGGCCUGAAUUCCAACAGAUAAAUAAAUCUAAUAGGAAAAAGCAAAUUGGGACCAUAGAUUCUAGUUUCCUAUAACUCUGACAACAAAAGUUUUUGGCCGAAAAAAAGAAAACAACCGAUUAAUAAAAAAACUUUCAGUGUGUGUGCUAUAAAAGAAAAAAGUUCCUGGCAAUUAUUUUAUAGAUACAAUUUUACAUAUUUUUGGUUUAAUUCGUUAAUUUUUGGUGGCUAUUGUUGGCUUUAAAGGAGAAUUAAGUGUUUUAAGAGCUGAAAUAACAAGAUUCUAAUUGGAUUUUAAACGGCUGCUAAUUGGCAGAGACAAAUAGACUGACAAUAAGAUUUAAAUUCAACAAAUAGCAGCAGCGACCGCAGUAAUAUAAAAAGAACAGCGACGACAAAAUAAAAGAACAAAAAUAAACAUAGUGCUGCACAAAGGUAACAAAGGAAGGAAGAGAAGACAAGAUUGACAUUUUUUCACAUAAAGGUUUUUUGCAAUGAAAUGAAUGUGUCUUGGCUGAAUGCUGUCAUUGGUUCGAUCAUCAAUACGACUGUGACAACUUGUGGCUCGGCCACUGCUCACAUUUACGAAGCCUACCAGCUGCAGCGCGCACAAUUAGUGGGCAACUAUACGGUGUCCGGUGUGCUACAAGAUACGUUUGCUGCUCUCCAGCCCCAGGCGGUAUAUAAACGUUUUGUGAAUACCUCAGCCGAAGCCCUGGAGCACUUGAUAUACGCCAUUGUGGUGUACUUGUUAGUAUGCCUAUCCAUUUACGCCUUAAUCUUCCGUUACAAAGGUCUGGGCAAUAUACGAUUGCCAUGGCCAGCAGCAACCACAACUGCCAAAAGAGUUCUAUUUGUAAUUUCACAUCCCGACGAUGAGUGUAUGUUCUUUGGUCCCUUGCUCUAUUCACUGGCUCAACACAAGCAAUGUCAAAUUUAUUUACUUUGUCUGUCGAAUGGAAAUUUUGAAAAACAAGGUGCCGCACGCCGCGAAGAAUUAUGGCAGGCCUGUACUCACCUAGGUAUACCCGAGGGCAAUAUAAUACUAGUCAAUGCUACCAACUUGCCCGACGAUCCUAACGUCGAUUGGAAAACUGAUGCAGUUGCCAAUAUUAUUUUGCAUACUGUCGAAUCGUUGGGCAUCCAAGCUAUAUUCACGUUUGAUCGUGACGGUGUUAGUCAACAUCCAAAUCAUUGUGCUGUCUAUUACGCAGCCGCAUCCUUAUGUUUAGCUAAUUUAUUACCAAAAGAUUGUAAAUUCUAUGCCUUGGACUCAAUAAAUUUUUUAAGAAAGUAUUUAUCUAUUUUUGAUAUAAUAUGUACAUGUUUCAUGUCAAAACAUUGGUGCAUUUUAAGCUGGCAACAAGCAUCGGUAAUACGUGGUGCCAUGAAAAAGCAUGAAUCACAAAUGAAAUGGUUUCGUUGGCUCUACAUUAUAUUUUCCCGCUACAUGUUCAUAAACUCAAUGCGCGAAGUCAACUUGUACGAUGUUGAAUUGGAAAUGCAAAUACACGAUAAUUGAAAUGGAACUCUGAUCAUGAUGCUGGAUGAUAAUGAACACAUGCUGUAACCAAAAGAAAACAACCAAAACGAAAACAAUUUAGCAAAAAAAAAAAAAAUAAACCGUACUACCUUCGGAAAACAGAUCCAAAAAGAAAAAUUUUAAAUCCUAUAAAAAGUGUUUGACACAAUUUUUUUUUGUUUUUUUUUUGUUGAUUUGCAAAGCUUAAACUAAUGGCGCUAAAAAGUCGCCCAGACGAUUCUACAUGUAAAAAUCAAACAAACAAAAAACGCUUUAUAAACCUAGAUAUUUUUUUUAAAUAUUAAUAUACAUAUUAUUUUCAUUUGUUUUUCUUGUUAUUAUACUUUAGGUAUAAAUAUUUUUUGUUUUUGUAUAAUUUCAGGUUUAGUUUGUAGUUAACAACUAAAUAUUAUCAUUACUUUUAUUUUUACAAAAUAUUUUUCCUAUUACAAGCACUGUAAAGUAAAGUGUUUUAAAAACAACUUUUUUUAUACAAAAUAAAAAUUUAAGAACAUUUCUUCUUAAGGCCUGGGUACAUAUCCGAACCAUUUCUUUUAAAUAGAGCUGGUGAAUUAAACAAAUAAUUAUAUAGAAUUUUUUUUAGAAUAAAACAUGUUUGUAAUUAAAACUUAGCCAAUUACCUAUACUUUUUAAAAACUCCGGAACAGUAACCGAAAUUCAAUUAGGUCUGACAUUUACUUUAAGCUCCCACGAAGUAACUUUUAGGUCAUUAUUACCAAAGUACUCAAAAGUCUCUCCAAAUUAACAAAAAGUGAUUUAUAUUUGCUCUUUAAAUCUUAUGUCUGUGUCUUAAUUGAAUUUCGUGUACUGUGCGUCUAGAGAUUUCUUAACUUUUGAAUCCACAUAGUUCCGAUAUAAUUUUGUUUCUUCUUUUUUAAGAAAAAUUCUUAAUUUCUUUGUAAAUUCAACAUAUUAUUUAAUUGUUUAGUACACUAUUUAAUGUAUUAUUAAUACAAGUAUAUAAAAAUAAUAAUUGCAAUUUAUAGCUUUUAAUAAAACAAAAACAUAGGAAAAAAACAACAACAAUAGUGUAAUAUUUAAUCUAAAGUAUGUUGUGUUUUUUUAAUGAUUUAAUAAACAUCUUUUAGCCAUAGUAAGAAAUAAAAAAGUAAUUCAUAAGUUUAGGAUGUACUUUAUUAAAUAUGUAUAUUUAUAAUAAUGGCAGCGAAGCGAUGAAGACAAAAUGUUUUAAAUCUUUUUAAUUUGAUUUUCUUCCUUUUUUUGUAUAAUAAAUAAAAAAAAAAAACAAACAAAAUAUUUAUAAAAUAAAAAAGGCAAUUAAUUUUUCUGUUAACUAAAAAUAAAA